CAUUACUUGCAAUUGGAAUUUAAUAAUAGCGCACUCCGCUCCAGUUGAGAACGUGGUUAUUACUGUGAUGGCGGAGUUAGACGAAAAUAUAGAAGCCUGUGAUGACCAAUUGCUGGUGUAUUAUUGGGAGUAUUCGGUGGAUUGUCAGCGGGUUCUCCUUGCUUUAGAAGAGAAAAAAAUUGAUUAUAAAAAAAUAGCCGUCAAUAUUCUAGAAUUAGAAAACGUAUCCCCAUGGUACAUGAAGAUCAAUCCAAGAGGUGAAGUCCCAACCGUAGUUCGCGGCAACGAUGUUGUCAUGGAAACCGAAACAAUCCUACAUUAUCUGGAUGAUACCUUUGUGGAAACGACAAGACUUUGCCCCGACGAAGAGUCCGAGGAAGGGUUCCGAUGUAAAUACCAGUUGAAAUUGGCGAGUAAGAUUGACUUAGUGAAGUUAAACUUCGGAGUACCUGUAUUGCCUGAAGUUGCCGGAAGUGACGAUGUAAAAGAAAAUUUUACUGCCGAUGACGUCACUGCACUAGUGAAAUUGUUCAGAGAGUCUCUUGUCGAGAGGUGUGACCAGCUUGCCUCUGAAAACCCGGAUUUAAGUGAUGCCUAUGCGAAGAAAAAGGAAUGGGGACUGGCUUUCCCUGAAUCGCCCGACGCGGAAUUGCUGGACGCUGCGCUGAAAAUGACGAAUGAUGUGCUAACGAAACUUGAAGAAGACCUCACGACAAGAAAAAUGGAGGAGUCACCAGAUACCACAUGGUGGCUGGUUGGCACAACAUUCACCACUGCCGAUAUUUACUGGGCGACUAUACUACAUCGAUUGGAACAACUGGGUUUGGAGCAGAGAUAUUGGGCUAAUGGGAAGCGCCCUCAUGUAUCAUAUUACUUAGACAGAAUCAAACAACGCGCAAACUUGUCGGUCACCGAACAGACAGGGUUCAUGGGAUUUGUUGGACGGGUGAAAAAGAGAUGGCCCUGGAUGGCCGUUCCUAUCGGUGUAGUGGCUGCUGGAUUAGUUGGACUCCUUAUCCUGUAA